AUGACGGACAGGAUUACACAGCUUCAGACUGCUGUCAACGAUGUCAUUACCUCCCUUCUUUUUUCCGAAAUAUCAACCGCAGUCAACCAAUAUCACUCGGCACUCAAUUAUCUACAUACGCAGCAUCAACCGUCCUCGUUGUCUGGCGAAGGUCUGAUUGCUGAACAUCUAGGCGAAACACCUGCCGCACCAGCACAAGAGGUCGAGAAGAUUGGAGAUGCCAAACGAGAACUUGCCCGAGAUAUGAUUGUGAAGCACAAGCAAAUCGACGCUCUGAUAGACUCAUUACCAGGCGUCGGUGUGACCGAAGGGGAGCAAUAUGCAAGGCUACGGUUACUUGAGGGAGAGCUGCAACGGAUAGAUCAGGAAUACGCGCAGCUGCUUGGAGACAAAGACGUUCUACAGAACAAGCUGGACGACCUGAUUCGUAGUCUUUCAUUGCUAUGA